GUUCAAGACAAAGACGCCAAAGCGGCGCUGACCCGGAAGUAAUUUAACGUUGUAGAAACGUGAGGCGCACUGUGAGCUAUUGCUGCUUUCAGUUCAUUGAAGACAUCCGAGAAGACAAAACUUAGUAAAACAUGAGUCUGUUAAACAAGCCCAAAUCUGAGAUGACUCCCGAGGAGCUGCAGAAGAGAGAAGAGGAAGAGUUCAACACCGGCCCUCUGUCAGUGCUCACCCAGUCUGUGAAAAAUAACACACAAGUUCUGAUCAACUGCCGCAACAACAAGAAGCUACUGGGCCGAGUCAAGGCAUUUGACAGGCAUUGUAACAUGGUGCUGGAGAAUGUGAAAGAAAUGUGGACCGAGGUGCCCAAGAGUGGCAAAGGCAAGAAGAAGUCCAAGCCAGUCAAUAAGGAUCGCUACAUCUCAAAGAUGUUCCUUAGAGGCGAUUCGGUCAUCGUGGUGUUGAGGAACCCACUCAUCACAGGGAAAUAGACUCAACACAUAACACGCCAGUUCAAGUACAGGCAAUCUCCUGAGACGCUCGAAUGAGAGCCGAACUCACAUUGACUUCUCAGCCCGUGUUUAUUAGGCAGUGCAACAAAUUAAAUCUUUUCCAUUUAUGAGACAGUACACAAUUUGUCUGGUGCUGUGACAAUGCAAUUUUGCGGGAGAAAGUUUAAAUGUUUGUCAUCAUCAUGAGAGAUUGCCUGGUCAGAGAUGAAAAUAAUGUCCUUGUAGACUUUUUUUUUUUCUUUUGCUUGUUUUUUGUUUUGAAGUUAUAAAAAAGCACUAUUGUUUAGGCGCACAUGAGUGAAAUAGUUUUUUUUUUUUUAAAUAAACUUUUGGUUAUUCAAACCUC